AUGCAGCGUCCACUCCUUUUCUUGCUUGCCUGCAAUGUGGUCGUUGGCUUUCCGUUACACUUACCAGUCUUCGGUGGCCAACAAUACCAACUUUACGACGCAAAAUCGGUGGAACUGUUGCUUACUGCCAGCGACGAUGACGAGCUGACGCAUAUCUGGUUGCCUCUCAAACAACGUAUAUUCACGCAGCUGAUCAGAGAAUAUGCAGGCGACUAUCCAGUCCUCCCGUUACAUCCAACGUCGGUGGGGAUAUCCAAUGUGCAUGGGCUGUCGACCAAGUUUCUCCCUUGGCACAAGCGGGAGCAAGUUGUCUGUCGGACUACUGUCAAAGCAGAUGUCAAGUCGCAGGUGCCCAUUGAAGGUGUUUCAAGUCCAGAGAGCUUACAAGAAGAUGGAGAGGUCCAGUUCCGAGAAAGAGAUGGUGUGGUGAGGUUGGACGAAGUGGACUCUGUGUGGUAUCUGGCCGGACGGGAAGUUGAGAGCUAUGAAUGCUUCCAAACCACGUAA